GUUCCGCUCCGCUCUCAUCUCCACCCUCUUCCCCCUUCGGCCUGACAGCUCUCGCGCCGUCAGCGUACGCCGCCCAUUAUGGCGUCUCGCACGCAGCCCCCGCUCCCGCGCACCGUCAUCAUCGACUAUUACGACUCGUACACCAACAAUCUCCUCAUCCUCUUCACGCGGUUGUACUCUGACGCCGAUGUGCUCCGCAAAGUCGUGGUGAUCAAGAGCGACAAAUACGACUGGCCGACGUUCAAGCGCGACGUCCUGCCUUACACGGACUGCGUAAUCAUCUCCCCCGGCCCGGGGCGGCCAGACCAUCCCGCCGACAUUGGCUUUGCGCUAGAGCUGCUGCGUGCGCACCCCGUCCCGAUCCUCGGCGUGUGUCUCGGGCACCAGGCCAUGGCCGUUGCCUUCGGCGGCACGAUCAUCCACACGCCUAAAAUCACUCACGGGCACGAAGUGCGCGUCGUCCCCGUCUCGCCUGCGCUCGGUCUUUUCGCUGCCCCCGAGUUCCCUGAGGACGCGCGCGCCGGCUUCGACGCGGUCGUGUACAACUCGCUCGCGGUUGGCGAUGUUCCGCCCGAGCUCGAGGUGACGGCCUGGUCAGACCCGCGCAACGGCAGCGAGCCGACCAUCCAAGGCCUCAUGCACAAGGAGUAUCCCAUAUGGGGCGUGCAGUAUCACCCUGAGUCCAUCUCAUCUACGCGCGGCGCCGAGCUCCUCCGCGCCUUCGUAGCGCAGGUGCACGAGCACCAUGGCGCCCCGCCCGUCUUUCCACGCCUGGAACACCGGCUCGUCAAGGCCUGUACGUACCGCGUAGCGGCUAGCGCGAGCGCUGCACCGACCCGCGCCCCGUCUCCCACCGGGCCAGGGUUGGCGCAGUACGCCCUGCGCGAGCGGAAGCUGGCUGGGGGACUGGAGCGUGAAACUGCCGAGAUCUACGAGCGCGUCGUGCGCGCCGACAACGCGCGCGUCGGUGAAAUCUGGCUGGACGGAAAGAGCCCAUCGCGCCCGACCACGACCUCGCUCGGGGCGCCCCGCUUCGUGAUCACCUACUGCCUGAGCACGCGCACCGUGUCCCUCCGCACGCGUGCCGGCGUGCAGGACGUGCGUCUGCCGCGCGACGAGACGUUCUUCUCGUGGCUCAACGACGCGCAGAUGGCGUUGCAGGGGCGCACGGGCGGCGAGGUCGGCGGAUUCCGCGGCGGAUGGGCCGGAUGGUUCACUUACGAGAUGAAGGAGGAGAGCUUGGCGGGAUAUCGCGGGCCGGCGUGCGCCGGUGAGCGCGUCGACGCGGUGUGGGCGUGGGUCGACACGCUGGUUGAGCGCGCCGAGGACGGGGCGUGGACGGUUCGCGGUGUCGUGUCUGAUGGCGGCUCAACCGGCGGCAGCGAGCUGCUGGACUGGCUGGCGAAAUGCGGCGUGUAUCUCGGCGUCUCUGAAGCUGCUUUUACUGAGUACGCCUCCUCCGUCGAGGGCGUGCUCGCCUCAUCUCCUGAAAGCACCAUGGCACCCGCUGCGGGCUUCCCGACCUUCCGUCCGCGCAUUAGCGGCGAAGAGCACAUGGCGCGCAUCGACGCAUGUCGCGAGGCGAUCCGGCAAGGCGAGAGCUACGAGCUGAAUCAGACGAUGUCGUUCCUCGCUUCGCUGGACCCCGCGGACGCGUACGCGACAUAUUUACGCCUGCGGAGCUUCAACCCAGCGUACUACUCGACUUUCAUGUCCUUUCCCUCCAUCCCCACACCCAAGGGCAUGGGGUUGCACGUGCUCUCGUCGUCGCCCGAGCGCUUCUUGCAAAUUACCGGGGGCGAGAUCGAGAUGCGGCCCAUCAAAGGCACGGCGCGGCGCGUGCAACCCGGACAGUGCGUGUGCGUCGCGGGGCGCGGAUGCGGGGGCACGGCGCGCGGCAGUGCCGCGUGCUUGGAAGAAGGGAAGCGCGUGGACUUUGAGCGCGGCCGCGCGCUCAGCGAAGACAAAAAGGAGCGCGCUGAGAACCUCAUGAUCGUCGACCUCAUCCGUUCGGACCUGUUGUCGUGCUGUGUUCCCUCGACCGUGCAGGUGCCGCAGCUGAUUGCGCUCGAGAGCUAUGGCGUGCACAACCUCGUCACGACCGUGCGCGGGCGGCUGGCGGAGCACGUUGGCGCCGUCGAGGCCACCAAGCGCUGCUUCCCGCCCGGCAGCAUGACGGGGGCUCCGAAAUUGCGCUCCGUGCAGCUUUUGGACGAGUUCGAGGCGCGGUAUGCGCGCGGGAUAUAUUCCGGUGCCCUAGGGUAUUUUUCGCUGUGCGGCAGCGCGGACCUCAGCGUUGUCAUCCGCACGAUGGUGCUGCAGGGGCGAGACCUCAGCAUCGGCGCGGGCGGCGCCAUCACGUGGCUCUCGGACCGCCAGGAGGAGUGGAGCGAGGUUCUUACGAAGGUUCAGAGCGUUGUGGGGCCGCUGGGGGUGUAAUGGCAUGGAUAUUGGGUUGGAGCAGCAUAGUCUCAUGCAUCUUGGUUGGCGG